AUGCCCGCGUCAUCCCCAAGCAAAGUCGUUAAUGUUGGACUCAUCGGCUGCGGCGAGGUCGCUCAGGUUGUCUACAUUCCCACGUUGUCCUUCAUGAGCGACUGGUUUCGAGUCACCUAUCUUUGUGACAUCUCUCCAGCUUCACUCGAGCACUGCGCGGCCAAGCUCAACAAUGUACCGGCCAUCACCAGCGACCCCACCGAGCUUUGCAGUUCUGACCAGGUUGAUGUUGUGGUAGUAGUUAGCUCUGACGAGUAUCACGCUUCCCACGCCAUCUUGGCUCUUGAACAUGAUAAGCACGUUCUCGUAGAGAAACCUGUAGCACUCACGAAGCGAGAUGUCCUGGCUAUCGCAGAGGUUAAGAAGCGCAGCAGGGGGAGAGCCAUGGUUGCGUAUAUGAGGCGAUAUGCUGCUCCGUUUGAGGAUGCAGUUCGGGAAAUUGGAGGCAUGGACAAGAUCCUGUACGCGCGAGUGCGAGACAUUAUCGGGCCCAACGCCCACUUUGUGAAUCAAUCUGGGACUUUCCCCAAACGAUUUGCCGACUUUUCUGCUGCCGACACCGCAGACAAGGACUCGCGAGCGAAAGAAAUGGCGGAGACUGCCCUCAAAGACGACUGCGGCGGCGUUCCUCGAUCUCCUGAAUCUACUCUCAUGUGGCGCAUCUUUAGUGGUCUCGGUUCUCACGACCUUUCCAUUAUGAGGGAAGCUCUUGGAAUGCCUGAAAAUGUCGUCGGCUCUUCUCUUGGGUUUCCCUUCUGGAACGUCUUGUAUAAAUACCGAACCUUUACAGUUUCAUACGAGUCGGGAAUCGACAAUGUUCCUCGCUUUGAUGCCCAUCUGGAAGUAUAUGGUACCGAAAAGACGGUCAAGAUUCAAUACGAUACGCCAUACGUCAAAGGCUUACCAGUGAUUAUGCACAUUGCUGAGAACGCAGAUGGAGUUUAUAAAGAAACCACCAUUCGGAAGUCUUAUGAGGAUCCGUAUACCCUAGAGCUGAAAACGCUUUGGGAAAUGGUUGUGAACGGAAAGCAGCCGAAGACAACAGUAGAAGAUGCUUUGCAGGACCUUGAGAUUUUUGCGAUGGCCAUGCGUCACGGAUAUGGUGUAGGGUACUAG